AAAAAAUAUUUUUCACAGUGUCAUUUAAAAAAUAAUGUUCUCUCAUAGAGAACGAAGGAAUUAUACUCAAUGUGCAUGCUUUGUUGCACUAAAAAAAUCAGUAGCUCAAGCUCCUAGUCAGCUAAUGAGCAAAUCGAGAAAAAAUGUGAAGCAUGCUUUCAGGCGAGGUCUUUAUGAAAUUCCCAGCACUAAAACCACACUAAAAAUUUUUCAUUUAUCAUGAAUAAUUUCUGAUUUCAGCAAAAAUUAGUAGUAAAUAUGCAGCAGCAACAAAGAAAUGAGGGCUUAUCACAAAUUAUAACUUUGAAUGUAAUAAGUUACUUGAACUUUUAAGUAAUUGACCUCUAGACUACUAUCAAAUAUAUCUUCAGGCAACCAAAUUAAAUGAAUGCAUCGCAACAGCAAAAGUUAAAAAUAUUCCUAAUUGCAUAAGUCGAAGUACAGCUUACACUAAUCUGACCAAGAGACCGCAAGAUAAAAUUUUGAUGACAGGAAAGGAAUGUAAACUACGCUGAAUCAGAUUGGGAUGAAGAUAAAUAAAUAAAAAUGUCAACCCAAGUUGCUUCAUUCAUUUCCAUAGCUUACUCUCGCCAUUAAACUUUUACCCGAUUAUAUAAUUUUUAUUUUUUUUACUGGCAUUUUUGUGUAAACUGUUUUUUCUCUGCCGCACAUUUAAGUGCCUUGAAAUAAAUGACAGUAAAAGGCAUGCUUGGAGGCAAAAGCUAUUGCGCGUUGAAAUCGUUAAUUAAGUGAAUUUCCACGAAAGAUAAAAAUCCCAAUAGGAUUUAAAAUCAUACAGAAUCAAAAGUCAUUAAAUAUUCGAUGAUAAAGGUUAAGAAUACUCGUUACGUAUAUGCCACCGCCAACUCCAGCGUAUGGUGAAAUAUACAUAAAUACGACAUUUUAUUAAUUUAUGUUUGCUGUAAAAUUACCGUAAGAGCUGUAAUCGACUUGUUGUUAAAAUAUCCAAUCAUAUUACUGACUAUUAAGUCCGACACACUGAUGGGCUCAUCUCUACUAGUGGAUAGCUGUUUGUAACAUAUUUCUGUAAGGUGAUCUGCUAGCGAUCCUUAUGGUUAAUAUUUUAGAUAGCGAUCUCAUUUAUACUAUUUAUUUAGUUCUCAAACUUUAAGCUAAGAAAUUGAUAUUACCAAAACAAUGAAUAGCCAAGGAUCACAUAGUUAAAGUUACAACAAAAUGCAAAGUGUUAAUAAUUUUUCACACUUACCCAACGAUAAAUCGACAUUUCUCGAGUAAGCAUAGACCCAAAUCCUAAACCAAACAAAAUGCAAAGUGUUAACAAUUUUUCACACGAUAAGAUCAAGGAUAAUCGUAUACGGACAGUGUACACAUACCAACAAAUAGAUGCUUUAGAGGCGGAGUACACAGCAAAUAAGUUUGCGAAAGGUGCGCGACGAAAACAAAUCGCACAAUGUAUUGGAGUGCAGGAAAUACAAGUGCGAACUUGGUUUAAAAAUAGAAGAGCGAGAGAAAAGAACGAGAACUUCAAAACCACAACGACUAGCGCACCGAUAGAACAAAGUACCGUACCAGCUUAUCAACAUACCUCUUUAAAGAGGUCAAGAACUGACGAUCUGAACUCAUUCAAAGCGAAUAAUCUCAAUCAAUCAAAUUGGAUUCUGCCGCCACCUGCUUGUCAACAUAGCUCAACAAUUGAGAACGAGAUUAUGGGGUUCACUGCGAAUGAUCUCAACCGAUCAAAUUGGAUUCAGUCAUCACCCGCUUAUCAACAUUCCUCAACAACUGAGAACGACAUUAUGGGGUUCACUGCGAAUGAUCUCAAUCAUUGGAUUCAGCCACCAUCCGCUUAUCAACAUACCCCAACAACUAACGAUCUGAACGUUUUUGAACAUAUCUCAACUGACGAUUACAACUACAUCAUGGAAUUUAUUGGGAAUAAUCCAUCAGAUUGUAUUCAGCCACCACCCGCGAAAAAACCUAAGAUACAGAUAUUGGAGCAAUUGGUGCUUCAUCCGGAUACAAAUUGCUGGAUACGAAUUUAAGAUGUCUUCAAUGAAACUUCCACCAUACUGCAUGAGUAGAACAUUCAAUUAAAUAAUGUUCUCAUAUUCUAAUCAUAUUUUUAUAGAAAUCAUUUUAAUUAAGUAAUUGUGAACAAAACUAGAAAUAAUAAAAAACAAAAUCUCUAAAAAUAUUUAUCUCUUUCCUUUUUUAUAAUUCAAUUACAUGUAUUUAUAACGAAAUUUCUGAAUCUAUCAACCAGUUUUAAUUUGCAUCCGAUAAUGCGGAGUGUUUAUAUGAAUUUGGAGCAUAUUCAACUGCCAAUAACAAAACUCAGUCAACGGUAUAAUGCUUACAUC